AUGAGUUCGGAGUACAAUCGCUCUUCACUACCUCUUCCAAUUUUCCAUGGAGAAAACUAUGAUUUUUGGUCCAUCAAAAUGAGGACCUAUUUUCGAUCACAAAAUCUAUGGAAAAUUGUUGAAGAAGGAAUCACUAUUCCGGAAGAUAUUACAACUCUUUCGGAAGAUCAAAAGAAGGCACUAGAGGAUAAUCAACAAAAGGAUUCUCAUGCAUUAUAUUGCUUGCAGCAAGCUAUGGCAGACAAUCUUUUUCCACGAAUAAUGGGCGCAAAGAAUAAAGAAAAGAAGCAUGGGACACGCUGCAGGAGGAGUUCCAAGGAACCGUCAAGAAUUAAAGAAAUAGUAAAUCAAAUGGGAGCCUAUGGAGAAAUAAUUUCUGACAAGAAUAUAGUACAAAAGAUACUAAUUUCUUGUACAGAAAAAUAUGAUUCAAUAGUUUCUGUGAUAGAGGAAACUAAAGAUUUAGAAACUCUAUCACCAACUGAACUAAUGGGCUCUCUUGAAGCAUAUGAAAGUAGACGAGAAAGGCAUAAGGAAAGUGAAGUUGAAAAUGCCUUUCAAAAAAGUCACUUGGAAAAAGACUGCUGGUUUAAAGGAAAACCACAGUGCCAAAAUUGUAAAAAAUUUGGCCACACUGAAAAAACUUGUCGUUUAAAGAAAUCCCAUCAAGCUAAUUUUUCCGAAAAGAAAAAUGAUGAAAAUAAUCUCUUCUAUGUCUGCCAAGCUGCAACAGAAGAAGGAAAAGAUACUUGGUAUCUUGAUAGUGGUUGUAGUAACCACAUGACGAAAAACGAAAGCAUCUUUUGUAGUCUUGAUAGAUCCAAGACUAAAGUCAAAAGUGGUAAUGGUGACUUCAUGGAAGCAGUCGGCAAAGGCACCAUUGCCAUUGACACUAAAAAAGGCAAGAGAUACAUCAAUGAUGUACUCCUGGUACCCAACAUUGAUCAAAACCUACUUAGCGUAGGUCAAAUGAUUGAAAAAGGGUACUCUUUGCAUUUUGAAGGAGAGUCUUGCACAAUAUAUGAUAAGCAAGAUAAAUCUUUUCAAAUUGCAAAGGUAAAAAUGAAAGAAAAUAGACGCUUUCCCAUACAAUGGAGAUAUGCAAGCAAUGUGGCAAUGCAAGCGCAAACAGAUGAGUCAUGGCUAUGGCAUAGAAGGUUUGGUCACUUCAACUUCCAUGGGCUUAAGAUCCUCGUUUAA